UAUUCCACCUUACGCCUGAUGGAGCAUUAAGCCUGAAUGCUGUGGGCAGCCGUGGCCUCAGAAUCAGAGUGGAUGUGUGCGUGAGGGAGCCAGUGCUGCUUCGGUUCCUCCCCUGCUUUCUGGGAUUCUUGCUCCUUCCGGACCAUAGGGAAUUACUUGCUACAACUGUGCAGUUUCUUUGUCACUGUGUGGGAGUGGGGUCAGCGGACAUUGUUCCUAAACCCAGACGCUAAUCUGCUCUUGGUCCGCUUUGGAUACAUUGGAAAUGGUCUUGUGGAUGCCUUCCCUAGCCUAACCUCUGCCUUUUUGUCGUGCUGCACUGGAGGGGGAGGAGAGGCGAGUUGGAUGUAUAUUUUCUGGAUUUGGAUAUUGCAAAAGGGUACAUAUUCCACACGGAGACACGCUGGAUAAGAUGUUGCCCCUGCAAAAAAGGGAUCAGUUUGACAAUUUGGAAAAGCAUACACAGUGGGGGAUCGAUUUUGUGGAGAAGUACACCAAAUUCGUCAAGGAGAGAUCAGAGAUUGAAACCAACUAUGCAAAACAAAUUAGGAAUUUAUCAAAGAAGUAUCAACCCAAGAAGAACUCACGGGAGGAGGAAGAGAGCAAGUACACCUUCUGUCGAGCCUUCCUGACAUCGCUUAAUGAGUUAAAUGACUAUGCGGGUCAACACGAGGUUAUAGCGGAGAACCUGACGUCUCAAAUCAUCACCGAGCUUUCGCGCUACCUGCAGGACCUCAAGGCCGAGAGAAAAUCGCACUUCCACGAUGGGCGUAAGGCACAGCAGCACAUUGAGAGCUCGUGGAAACAGCUGGAAACGUGUAAAAGAAGGUUUGAGAGGGACUGUAAAGAGGCAGACAGAGCACAGCAAUACUUUGAGAGGAUGGAUGCUGACAUUAACGUGACUAAGGCUGACGUGGAAAAGGCACGACAGCAAGCGCAAGUGAGGCACCAGAUGGCCGCUGACAGUAAGAGUGAAUACUCCUCCUACCUGCAGAAGUUCAACCAGGAGCAGAAUGACCAUUACUUUACAAUUAUCCCCAACAUAUUCCAGAAACUUCAAGACAUGGAGGAGAGAAGAAUUGACAGGAUAGGAGUGUGCAUGAAGACGUUUGCAGACGUGGACCGCCAAGUGCUUCCCAUCGUGGGGAAAUGUUUAGACGGCAUGACGAAAGCCGCCGAGUCCAUCGAGCCCAAGACUGACUCAAAGCAGGUGGUGGAGUCCUAUAAGUCCGGGUUCGAGCCCCCGGGAGAUGUGGAGUUUGAGGAUUACGGCCAGGCCAUGAAGAGGACGGUGUCUGAAACCAGCCUGUCCAACUCCAAAGAGGCCAGGGAGAAGCCUGCCGGCAAGAGCAAGGGCAAACUGUGGCCUUUCAUUAAGAACAAGAACAAGCUUAUGUCCCUGUUAACGUCCCCCCAUCAGCCCCCACCUGCCCCCCCAGCCUCAUCCCCGCCCUCACCCUCUGCUGUUCCCAACGACCCCCAGUCUCCCAAGCAGCAAAAGGAGCCCCUCUCCCACCGCCUCAACGACUUCAUGAGCUCCAAACCCAAAAUGCACUGCCUCCGGAGCCUGAGGCGAGGGCUUUCUCUCAAGCUGAUCACACUCAAUUCCCACGUCCGGAAUCUCAUUGAGGGCUCUGGACCAGAGGACUUCAGCCACUUGCCACCAGAACAGAGGAGGAAGAAGCUGCAGGGCAAGAUAGAUGAACUCAAUAAGGACAUUCAGAAAGAGAUGGACCAGAGGGACGCCCUAACUAAGAUGAGGGAUGUGUACGUGAAGAACCCUCAGAUGGGAGACCCGGCCAGCGUAGACCCCCGGCUAUCAGAAAUAAGCCAGAACAUCGAGAAGCUCCAGUUUGAAACGCAGAAAUUCGAGGGCUGGUUAGCAGAGGUGGAGGAAAGGAUGCCAUCCAAGAGUGAUACGAACCGGAGAAGUGGACUCUAUGAGACCCAGAACAACACCACAGUGAGCAACAACUGUGCGCAGGACAGAGAGAGGCCCUUGAGCAGCCCGGAUGGCAGCUACACAGAGGAGCAGAAUUCAGAGACUCAGGUCAAAGCCAACAUCAACCCCAUCCCCCCCACCACCUCCACCCCAGAGUUCGACGACGAGUUUGACGAUGAGGAGACCCUGCCCACCAUCGGGACCUGCAAAGCCUUGUAUCCAUUUGAAGGUCACAAUGAGGGCACUAUCGCCGUGGCAGAGGGCGAGCUGUUGUACGUGAUAGAAGAGGACAAAGGAGACGGCUGGACACGAGUGCGCAGGAACGAGGACGAGGAGGGAUACGUCCCCUCGUCCUACGUCGAGGUCUUUUUGGAAACAAAUGCCAAAGUGUUUGGCUGUUCUGGUGCUUUUUUUCCCAGGCCAGUGGUAAAGGAAUAAAGGACUGAGAAUUAGCAGUACUGAGCUAUAUGAUUCCUAAAAGUGUGAGGCUGGCUGAGGAAUGGCAGGGCAAGCAGCCUCGGAGAAACCACCACGUUCCUCACGCGCUCACAGAGUCAGAGAGAGAAAGUGAGAGAUGACCUGAAUCUAAAAAAGAGAAAGACGGCCGAUUAGAACGCAUCUCAAUUCCCCCCCCCCCCUCAAAAAAAAACCCUUUACAAAACGUAUCAGCAGCGUUGCGCUUCCUCGGCAGAGCUCUGCGAUGUGAAGCAACGCUGAGAGAAAUCCAUCUAAAUUUUUAGCGCUCAUAACCUUUUCCAUUCUUAACACUCAUACAGCAGUCACAACCACAGUAUACAAUUUGCUUUUUUUGUUGUUUUCAGCAAAGCUUUGCUUCUUAAUGUAACUAACUCCACUUUGCACCACGCGCGGUCAUGAACAUGGCUGUCUGCUUCCUCACUCUGAACGCACCCCCCCCACCCACACUGCCACGUCUCUUUUUUCCUUACCUUAGCCCCCAUUGCACACACACGAGCGGCAGAGGGUUUGGUCAGAGACAGGACGGAGACCAGCGGGAGCCUUAUACGGACAAAAAGACCAGCUGGCAAACACCUUCAUCCGGCUGUGUGUGUGUGUGUGUGUGUGUGUGUGUGUGUGUGUGUGUGUGUGUGUGUGUGUGUGUGCCAUGCCCUCCUCACUCACUCCUUGACUCAGAAGAGAAUCACCCUGAAGCUUAUCUACCUACAUCUGGGGCUUUCAAAAGAAAUUCUCAUGGUCACCCCUCCCACUAAAAUCAGCUCCAUAUUUACAGAUCUCAGAAGAAGAAGCGAAGGUGCUGAUCAUGCUAUCUGUAGGUUACGUGCUUCUGGUUUAUGUUGUGUGGUUUGUUUGAGUUGAAUGAAAAAAAAUAAUAAGUAAAGGUCUUGUUUGUUGUAAUGUCCCUUUUUCUCCACACCACGAUCACCCCCGCACAUCCAGGACCAGCUGGGGAGGGAAAGAGAUGGAUUCUGGGUCAUUCGUCGUCUUUCUCAUCCUACACUUCUUGUCUUGUCACUGGUGUCUGUUCUUUUCUCUGACCACACCCUCCCUCGCCUCCACGGCCCUUUCCUACUGAAGCGGCUCAGGCUAUCCCUUGGCUGCUUUGUGCCCCCCCUUUUUUUUUUUUGCAACAGCCUAAGGCAGGGGGCCUCUCAGCAAUGUGGUGUGCUGCAUGCUUGCCCUGUCUUCCUCCUCGCCCCUCUGCUGGCAACCUGGAGUAGGUGGUGGGGGGUGUUUGGUCAGCUUACGCCAUCCUGGCCUCCACCCUUUCUGUUCAGUUAACCCUCAUUGCCUGGUCGUAUUGUUUGAAUUAACCUGAAUGCUACUGUUUGGGUUCGGUGCCUGUGGUUCCUGUUUAUUUUUUUUUUAUAUAUAUAUAUAGCUCUUUUCUUUUGGUUCAGAAAGCAUGUUUUCCUGGUUUUUUUUUAACAGCAAGUGAGUGAUAUUCUCCUCUCAGCGUUCCCUAUUUUAAUCUCAAAACUGUCAGUGAAGGACGAUAGGGAUCCCGAAAUGUUGUUUUCUGAAUGAUGUUUUGCAUAGGUAGGUCAUGGAUGUCUUGUGCAUUUGUUUUACUGUUAAGUAGGCUACACAGUACAGUAUGUGGGUAAACAUUUUUUAGUAUUGUAAGUUUUGGUCAGAGUGUCUAACACAAGUUGUUGUUAGUUUACAGUCAAUCAACCUUGUGGAAAUGUCUUCACUCGGUCCAAGCAACACUUUACCCCCCCA